AUGAGAGGCCUUGUUACGUUAAUAAUUGAUAAAAUUGCUUACGAGCUUGGUCUUCGACCUCUGCCUUUACCACGAUUCUCUAAGUUCUAUCCUGAUCAUCUGCAAGAAUCUCCAAAAAGUGAUCGCUUAUUAGCCAACCCCUUGCUUUUUUCAAAUCCUGAAUGGUUCUUCCAUUUGAUAGAUGAAAUUCUCCGACUCGAAGACAUUUUGACCCAUAAACUUUUCUAUCCAAAAUCUGAGCCACGUCCAACUGACCUUUUGUCCGUCGAGUUCAUCCUUGCGAGGUGGAUCAAUUUGGAGGUCCAGUUAGCAAAUGAUAAACUAGAUGAAAUCCUAAUGCAACCCGAAGCCUGGAAACAGGUAUUUGAGGGACAAAAACAGUAA